CUCGCGGUCGCUGCGGGUUCACUCGCUGCACGAUGGCGGAGGGAGGCGGACCCGAGUCGGGUAACGCUUCGGACCCUGACGAGAAGCCGGUGAUCGCACAGACACCAGUACCGUCCACCGAAAGUCAAAAGCAGAGCAUCGGCACACUGCUGAAGACGCCACUUCGAAAGGGAGAUGAGUGGUAUUUGAUUGACAGCCGGUGGUUCAAACAGUGGAAGAAAUAUGUGGGCUUUGACAGCUGGGAUUUGUACAAUGUUGGAGAGCACAAUCUGUACCCGGGACCCAUUGACAACUCUGGACUCUUUUCAGAUCACAAGUCCCAGACAUUGAAAGAGCAUCUCAUAGAUGAGUUAGACUAUGUUUUAGUUCCUACAGAGGCCUGGAAUAAGCUGGUCAGCUGGUAUGGCUGUCUGGAGGGUCAGAAACCCAUCAUCAGAAAGGUUGUUGAACAUGGAAUGUUUGUGAAGCACUGUAAAGUGGAAGUGUAUUUGCUUGAGUUGAACCUGUGCGAUAAUGACAACAUGGACAAAGUUGUUACCCGCCAUUUCAGCAAAGCUGACACUAUAGAUACUAUUGAAAAGGAAAUGAGGUCUUUAUUCGAUAUCCCAUCUGAAAAGGAAACUCGACUUUGGAAUAAAUAUAUGAGUAACACUUACGAACAACUUAACAAGCUUGACAGCACUGUACAGGACGCAGGGCUUUUUCAGGGCCAGGUUCUUGUUAUUGAGAAGAAGAAUGAGGAUGGCACAUGGCCCAGACAGACCUGCCAUUCCAAGUCCAGUACUUCCACCUCUCGGAAUUAUACAACCUCCCCAAAACUCUCUUCUAACUCAUCUGCCACCAUAUCCUCCACAAUAACAAACGGGGAUAGCAAUAGCAACUCUGGCUACAUGCUGAACAACAGUACUUCUGGUAACAGACUGGGAAGUUACAACUCCUACAGCUCCUCUUACAGUUACAGAGAAUCUUCCGCUCAGGAAGGCCUCUGUGGUCUGAGCAACCUGGGCAACACCUGCUUCAUGAACUCUGCUCUCCAGUGCCUGAGCAACACUCCCCCUCUAACGGAAUAUUUCUUGGAAGACCGGUAUGAAGCUGAGAUCAACCGGGAAAAUCCAUUAGGGAUGCGAGGGGAGAUUGCAGAGGCCUACGCGGAUCUGGUCAAACAGAUGUGGCUUAGUCGGAGCAGUUAUGUGGCUCCACGCACUUUUAAAACCCAGGUGGGCCGGUUUGCCCCGCAGUUCUCAGGGUACCAGCAACAAGACUCUCAGGAGCUGUUGGCCUUUCUGCUGGACGGCCUACAUGAGGACGUUAACCGUGUUAAGAAGAAGCCUUAUCUGGCCCUGAGAGAUGCCGAGGGACGGCCUGAUGAGAUUGUAGCCAAGGAAGCAUGGGCGAAUCACCGGUUGCGGAACGAUUCUGUAAUCGUGGACAUCUUCCAUGGCUUGUUCAAAUCUACGCUGGUUUGCCCAGAAUGCUCCAAAGUUUCCGUUACCUUUGACCCCUUCUGCUACCUCACACUGCCCCUGCCCAUGAAAAAGGAUCGCACUAUGGAGGUGUUCCUGGUCCGCACUGACCCGCAGUUUAGACCCAUGCAAUAUCGUGUAGUUGUUCCCAAAAUGGGUGUAGUGGCAGACCUGUGCAGCGCUUUGGCCAAGCUAUCUGGAGUUCCUUCAGAGAAUAUGGUUGUGGCAGAUGUUUACAAUCACAGAUUCCACAAAAUCUACAAACGGGAUGACGGUCUCAAUCAAAUCUUGGAGAAGGAUGACAUUUUUGUUUAUGAGGUGUUAGAGGAAGAUAGUGAGAAGAUGAACCUGCCAGUGUACUUCAGAGAGAGGCAUGCUAAGCACAGCGGAGGCGCUUCGGGCACAAUGCUUUUCGGCCAGCCUCUCCUCAUCACUGUCCCACGCCACAACCUUACUGUGGAUACCCUCUAUGAGCGCGUGCUGGAGAGGAUCGGGCGCUAUGUUAAACGUUCACAGGGUACCAUUACUGACAGUAGAGCAUCUGCCUCGGCCACUUCCUCUAGCAGCAGCCAAUCACCAGAAUGCCUAGCUUCAGUUUCCAGUCAUAUCACUGGCCUGAGUGACUGCAGCAGCCCAGUUUCAGAUGGAGCUUCCUGCAGCGCUGGAUCCAACAACAGCAACCACUCUGGAACCUGCAACGGCCCCAAUGGAAUUUGUGAUGGUGAUGAGGAAGCCAUGGAUCACCAGGAGAGUCCAGAACCAGAGAACAGCCAUUCUGACACUGUAGAUGGAGAGGAGGAAGCAGAACCAGAACCAGAGAAUGGGCCCAAUAGCAGUGGUGGAAAAUCUUUUACUUCUCGGCCAAAACUCUUUUCUUUCAGCAUGGUCAACUCCUACGGCACAGCCAACAUUAGUUCUGUCCCAUUUGAUGGCAAUCUCCUAAAGCUCACAACUCACUCUACAGUAGCCAUGGAUUGGGACUCAGACACAAAGAAAUUGUGCUACGACGACCAGGAGGCUGAGGCCUAUGACAAACAUGAGAGCAUGCUACAUGCUCAGAAGAAGAAGACUACAGUAGCUUUACGAGAAUGCAUUGAGCUCUUUACUACAAUGGAGACCCUAGGAGAACACGACCCCUGGUACUGCCCCACGUGUAAGAAACACCAGCAGGCCACAAAGAAGUUUGACCUAUGGUCUCUCCCACGCAUUCUGGUCGUGCAUCUGAAGCGCUUCUCUUACAACCGCUGCUGGAGAGACAAGCUCGACACAGUCGUAGACUUUCCAAUUAGGGACUUGAACAUGUCAGAGUUUGUUUGUGACCCCAAAGCUGACCCAUAUGUCUAUGACCUCAUUGCUGUUUCCAACCAUUAUGGAGGAAUGGGCGGAGGCCACUACACGGCAUACAGCAAGAACAAGAUGGAUGGAAAAUGGUAUUACUUUGACGACAGCAGUGUGUCGUCUUCAACUGAGGAUCAGAUUGUGACUAAAGCAGCCUAUGUGCUCUUUUACCAACGCAGAGAUGCAGACACGCCGUCCAAAUCCACCCCCUCCGCAUCACCAGGUGGCGCUCCAGAGACCCUGGAUGACCACAUGGACACCAACUGAGUUUCUUUUAGUCUUUCGAUGACUGGCACUGAAACAAAAACGACAUAAAGAUGAAAUCAUCAAUGCAUCAACGCACAUCCCUGGCUACUUCAGUGACUAUUAAAGGCUCACAAACAGGCCCUUUGUUUUUAGCUUUAUUUUAAUUUUUUCUUUCUUUCACACAUGCGUCUUUAUCAAGAGCCAAAAAAAGAAUAUUAAUAAUAAAUAAAGAGAAUUUUAGUUUGAAGCGUGACAUGAAAGACUUUAUUCUUGGACCUUGAUG